UAAGGGUUUAAACAUAUUCAGGGGGAUUCAAAACUCUCCCUCUCUCUAAAUUCACCAACCUGAACUCAGUUUCAGGAUUCCAAGAAAGUCCCGAUGGAUCUCAAGGAUACUACCAGUGAAGGCAGCCUGCAGCCAUCCAGCAUCCAGAUCUUUGCCAACACAUCCACCCUCCAUGGCAUCCGGCACAUCUUUGUAUAUGGGCCCCUGACCAUCCGCCGCGUGCUUUGGGCUCUGGCUUUCAUGGGCUCCUUGGGCCUGCUGUUGGUGGAAAGCUCGGAGCGCAUCUCUUUCUACUUCUCCUACCAACAUGUCACCAAGGUGGAUGAAGUGGUUGCCCACAGCCUGGUCUUUCCCGCCGUGACCGUCUGCAACCUCAACGGCUUCCGCUUCUCCCGCCUCACCACCAACGACCUGUACCAUGCCGGGGAGCUGCUGGCUUUGCUCGAUGUCAACUUGGACAUACCCAAUCCACACCUGGUUGACCCCACCGUAUUGGAGGCCCUGAGGGAGAAGGCCAAUUUCAAGCACUACAAACCCAAGGUCUUCAGCAUGCGAGAGUUCUUGGAGCGCGUCGGACACGACCUGAAGGAUAUGAUGCUCUAUUGUAAGUUCAAGGGACAGGAGUGUGGCCACCAGGACUUCACCACCGUGAGUAACUUGGUUUUCACUUCUUUUGGAGUUUUUCCUCCCCUGGUCAUGAAAGAGACCUGGGGAGCUCAAAGAACUUGGUUUUGAGGUCCGCCAUUACACCAGAGCAGGGCAGCAGGCCACUCUUAGAGCAAAGGCCAUAAGCAGGGACAGGCUGGUUGGACGGCUGGCUGAGUUUGCCAAUGAGCAGAUUUGUGGAAAGGAGAUCGGUCUGCUGAGUCCCAGUGUUCUGUUCGGAGUCACGGAGUCUAUGCAGAAGGGAGCUGGAGGUCAGAGGACCCCAGCCUGCCCGAGGAUCUCUGUGACAUUGCGUCCCCGGCUCUGUGGAGUUGGCCUUCUACCCUCCUGAUGGGCAUGAGUCCUGAGCUAGCUAGUCCAGGAGCCCUUUGGUGUCUGAGGAAUAGUGCUUCAGUGGUGCUGAGUGUUGGCUCUCUCUCUCUCUCUCUGCUCGGAAGCCGUCAGGAGGCAGCAGGCACAGGCAGAAUCAGCUGGAGCUUCUAGGCAUGGGGGUAGGGGAAGCAGUGGGCGAACAGGGAAGGAGGUGGCCUGGUGAUGAGGGGAUGGUUCAUGGGGCAUCUCUGACUUGGGGCGAAGAUGGUGCUGAGAUGUUGAGAAAUCCAAGGGUCCUUGGCUUUCUUGUCUGCAUGGAAUUUUGAGUUUGUUGUGGGGGGAGAGGAGAGGACAGGAAAAGAGAGGAAUGGAGAGAAGGAAGAAGAGGAGAGAGAAGAGAGAGAAGGGGAGGACAGGGGAAAGGGCAGCCGGUUCUCCCUCUCUUUGCUGCAAGGUUCAAAUAGAGGCUAUCCUCCAGUACAUUUGGAGAGAAUUUCCAGACAUGGACUGCACUGAGGGAUGUUCACUUUAGAUGUCUGCUGAGGGUGGAGUAGCUCUGGCUGGUCCCGGAGCUCAGUCUGGUGCCUCUGUAUGUACUGUAAUGUGACAACGUGAUAGCAAGAAGAGAAAAGAAAAAGCGGUGGGCUUUGAAAACAGGUGCUGGACUGAGGAAGAGUACAGACCUGAACAGGGUAGAAAGUAGAGGGGGGUGUUUCUCAUAUUCAGGCAGGUGAUUGCUGGAGGGGGUGGAGGGAGGCAGGGAUGCUCCAGAGGGGGAAGUAGAUAUGAGGGAGGA